AUGGGGCUGCAAAUGCACGCGAUGGACGACCCCGACAGCGAGUUCCGGCGCGUGGGGCGCGCGGUGUUCGAACCGUCGGCCGCCAACGUGGCGCGUCGCCUCACGCUGCUCUUCUUCCCGCCGCUGGCGCGCGCGCUGGGCCUCUCCUUCGAGGGCCGGCGGGUCACCGACUUCUUCACGCGCGCCGUGCGCGAGAUGGUGCGGCUCCGCGAGGAGGAGGGCGUCCAGCGCCACGACUUCAUCGACCUGCUGCUGCAGCUGAAGCGCCACGGCAGCGUGCGGGAGGACAGGGAGGCCGCCGGGGAGGACGCGCAGCUGCUCGCCAACGCCGUCCACAGCAGCGACGACAUCCAAAUGACGGAUAACUUACUGGCUGCUCAAGUGUUUGUGUUCUUCAUCGCCGGGUUCGAGACGUCGUCCACCGCCUCCAGCUUCGCCCUGUACGAGAUGGCGCUCAACCCCGACGUCCAGGAGCGCCUGCGCGACGAAGUGGACGAGGCAAUGGCCGACAACGGCGGCCAUCUCACGUACGACGCGAUUCAAAACAUGCGCUACCUCGACAUGGUGUGGAACGAAUCGCUGCGCAAGUACCCGCCUGGAAACAACCUGGUGCGUGUGGUGACCCGUGAUUACAAAAUCCCCGGCAGCGACGUGCAGCUGCCCAAGGGGCUCUGGGUGAAUAUCCCGGUGAUGGCCAUCCACCACGACCCCAAGUACUACCCCGACCCCCAGCGCUUCGACCCCGAGCGCUUCAGCGAGGAGGAGAAGGCGAAGAGACCCCACUACGCCUUCCUGCCUUUCGGGGAGGGCCCGCGCAUCUGCAUCGGUGGGCAUGCGGUUCGGCAUCCUCCAAGGGAAGCUGGGCCUGGCCAUGCUGCUCUCCAAGUACCGGUUCUCCCCGUGCGCCAGAACCAAGGUGCCGCUGCGAUUCGACCCCAAGUCGCUCGUCACCGCAUCCGACGACGGCAUCUGGCUCAAGAUUGAGGCCCGUUAGCCCUCUCCUUCAUGUAGCGCGAAGCUUCUCCGCUUUCACUUCGCGUCGGCUAAUCGUGCUUAUCCAAACAUUUUGAAAAAUGUUAUGUUGUACUAAAUGCGAUCGUAUGCAUUCAACUAAAACUUAAGUGCACUAAUCAUGAUAAGAACUUGCAAAUUUUUAACAUGUUAUUUUGCCGAAUAAUGAUCACACUAUUUCUUCAAAACCAAUCCCUGUUACGUGUGUGCUGCUUAUC